UUAUUAGUAAAGACUUUAAAUUGUUUUUACUAAUUAUCAAAAUUGUUUAAUUGUUCAAUAGAGAAUACGAGUCCAUCUUUAAUCAUGGAUCAUCAAUUAGAACCUAGAUCAAAGCCUGGAUCGGCUCGUAAAUUGGUUAUAAAAAAUUUUUCCAAACCUCUGUUACCUGAAAAUUAUUUGGAUGACACUUGGUCUAAACUUAGACUUGCUGUAAUCGCCAUUCAAACCUCCAAAGCCAUCGCUAUGCCUUUAGAAGAAUUGUAUAAAGCGGUUGAAAACAUUUGCUCUCAUAAAAUGGCCUCAAAAUUAUAUUCUAACCUGGAGGAUCUUUGUGAAGAACAUGUUAAACAGAAUAUCGGCCAAUUUAUCGAUUGUAAUAUGGACUCAUUGACUUUCCUUAAAACAAUGGAUAACUGUUGGCAGGAUCAUUGUCGACAAAUGAUCAUGAUAAGAAGUAUUUUUCUCUUCCUUGAUAGAACGUAUAUCCUCCAAAAUGCGGCCAUCACAUCCAUUUGGGAUAUGGGUUUAGAAAUGUUCCGAGUAAAUAUAAUCAGUAAUUACCAGGUUCAAAGCAGAACUGUUGAGGGUUUACUUCAUCUAAUUCACCAGGAAAGACAAGGAGAAACAGUUGACCGAUCAUUAUUGAAAAGUUUACUCAGAAUGUUGUGUGAUCUUCAAAUAUAUCAAGAGAUAUUUGAAGGUAAAUUUUUAAAAGCAACUGAAGAGCUUUAUGCCGAAGAGGGACAACGACUGAUGCAAGAAUUAGAAGUUUCCGCUUACCUGGCCCAUGUUGAUAAAAGAGUUAACGAAGAAACAGAAAGACUUUUACAUUAUUUGGAUCAUUCUACUAGGAAAUUACUAAUCACCUGUGUUGAGAAACAAUUAAUAAGUGAACAUUUAUCCAGUAUACUUCAGAAAGGUUUAGACCAGUUAUUAGAUGAGAAUAGACUGGACGAUUUAUCUCUCAAGUAUAAUCUUCUUUCAAGAGUGAAAGAGGGUCUACACGAAUUGUGUAUACAUUUUAAUCAAUACAUUAAGAAACGAGGUAAAGUUAUCGUCACCAAUCCAGAAAAAGAUAGAACAAUGGUUCAAGAAUUACUCGAUUUCAAGGAUCAAAUGGAUCUAAUUGUUAACAAUUGUUUUAACAAGAAUGAUAAAUUUAUCAACUCACUGAAAGAAGCCUUUGAACAUUUUAUCAACCAAAGGCCCAAUAAACCAGCCGAGUUGAUUGCUAAAUUUGUCGACUCUAAACUACGAGCGGGUAACAAGGAAUCAACAGAGGAAGAAUUGGAAAGACUUUUGGACAAGAUUAUGGUUCUAUUCAGAUUUAUCCAUGGUAAAGAUGUUUUCGAAGCUUUUUACAAAAAAGAUUUAGCAAAAAGACUUUUGGUCGGUAAAUCGGCAUCAGUUGAUGCAGAGAAGUCAAUGUUAUCCAAAUUGAAGCAAGAAUGUGGUGCCGGUUUUACCAGUAAAUUGGAAGGAAUGUUCAAAGAUAUGGAACUUUCAAGAGAACUUAAUCUUGCCUUUAAACAAUAUCGUUCAAAUUCCAAGUCUCGAAGUCUCAGUGGUAUCGAUAUGACGGUUAAUAUUCUCACAAUGGGCUAUUGGCCCACAUACGCGGUGAUGGAGGUUCACAUGCCCUCCGAGAUGGUUCAGUAUCAAGAGAUGUUUAAAAAAUUUUAUUUAGGUAAACACAGUGGACGUAAAUUACAAUGGCAACCCAAUCUUGGUCAUUGUGUAUUGAAAGCUCAAUUUCCCUCGGCGCUGAAAGAAUUAAAUGUUUCCUUAUUCCAAGCGUUAGUACUUCUUUUGUUCAAUACUAAAGAUAAAUUGUCUUUGGAAGAGAUUAAACAAUUAACAACAAUAGAAGAUGGUGAAUUAAGGAGAACCCUUCAAUCUCUUGCUUGUGGUAAAGCUCGAGUACUCAAGAAACUGCCCACAGGUCGAGAUGUUGAAGAUGGAGAUAAAUUUAUUUACAACGGAGAAUUUAAACACAAUUUGAUUAGAAUAAGAAUAAACCAAAUCCAAUUAAAAGAAACGCAAGAGGAACAAACUAACACUCAAGAAAGAGUUUUCCAAGAUAGACAAUAUCAAAUCGAUGCCGCUGUGGUGCGAAUCAUGAAAACAAGAAAAUCUCUGGCUCAUAAUAAUCUAAUCACUGAACUUUACGAUCAGUUGAGAUUCCCUGUUAAGCCUCUUGAUUUAAAAAAAAGGAUUGAAAGUUUGAUAGAAAGAGAUUACUUGGAAAGAGAUAAGGAUAAUCCUAAUUUGUAUCAUUAUCUUGCUUGAAUUUAUUACCAUUGUGAUACCAGUUCUAUGGAGUUUCAUUCCCUAUUAAAUAAGGAUGAAACACUUCAACUAAUAAACAAAUUACAUCAAUAA